AUGGAAACAAAUCCGGAUUGUAACACGACUGAUGCUGGUCAACAAACAACCGAUGAAUAUACAGGGUGGUGUUAUGAUUUCUCGAGGGAACUGAAACUCAAAUAUUUUGUUGAUGUAUCAGAUAAUAAUGAAUAUAUUGAAGAUAAUUUUGUAAAAAGCAUACGGAUGUCUCCAACUGGAUGUUCUUUCAUUUUCUCGAGUGAAGAUGGGAUGGUAAGAUAUGUCAAUAUUCGAGACAUCGAUUUUUGGGGAGUGCAAGAGGAGACUUCAGAGAAAUAUUUGCUUCACACAUCUCGCUGCUUCAAUCACACCGAAACAGCCUAUGAUAUUGAAUGUUGCAAAGAUACUCCCAUUCCGUACAAUUCAAAAGACGAAAUCAUCAAUGCUUUUAGCGUUCAUGCGAGUCGAGAUGCUUCAUUGAUUAUGGGUGGAUAUAAAGGGCAUCUAAGCGUAUACGCAGUCGAACGCCCCGGCUUGGCAGAAUGGUGGUGGGAGGAUAAAAGCGUGGGGCUCAUCUCAACAAUUGGUUCAUAUAAUGGCGAUGUUGUGUUGCUGGACCGUCGACUUUGUGGAGAUGGUUACCCGCUCUGGCAACAGCGUAUUGGGAAUCAUGGAAUCCACCAAGUUUCCUUUCUUCAACAAAGUCCAUUGCUACUCAUAAACGAACGAUAUAGCGGGGUGAUUAGUGUGUGGGAUCGUCGGAAUCUCAGUGCAAGCGUUUUCUCUGUGUCGAGAACAAGUGGAAGUCAGCAGCGUUUUGAAGUGUCUGUUUCUGCAGAUGAGCAGUGGUUUGCGAGUGGCGAUCGUGAGGGGAAGGUUCGCGUGUGGAAUAUGCGAGGAGAGAUGCGAUCCCUGCAGUGUGCUUCCACCCCUAUAAUCCAAUCUUGGUAUGUGGCACUGGAGAAAGGCAUUUUGAUGCGGAUGUUGUUCCCUCGUGUUGUCUGCUUUAUCAAAUACCUUGGAAGUACUGGAAAGCGACUUCUGCAUUUUCUAUUUGUUACAAACACUCCAUAUUCAUUAAAAAGUCUUUGA